AGCCCGACAGUUCUUUCACAGUUUCAACAUCAGCAACAUACUGCGUUUUAGUUCGCGGUUUUGAGCAUUUCUUAUUUUUAUUUAUAUUGGCGUAGCGAAUUGUUGUGAGGUUAGAGAUCAUUAAAGAUGAAGCACAAAUAUGGGCUUGCUUUUUUACUAACUUGGCUGCCAGUGAUACUGACCAUAAGAAUACCUCCCAAUCCCUGCCCUGAUUUAUUUCGGUACUACAAAGAUCCACAAGGAAGAAUAUACGGAGAAGUACAACUGCCAUACGACAGAGCCACGUUGUUAGUGUUUAGUGUAAAUGCAUCUUUCUUGGGAAAUUUUAACCAACCGAAACUUAGACUGGAAAGAGUAACUGAACUAAAUGAACUUAACGAUGGUACGUCGACCGUUAUAUACAACAUAUUUUUCCCAUUUACGAACGUUAUUCCUAAAAUUACUGGAAUCACAUAUAACGAUAGAUUGUACUGUAGUGGUCCUGCUGAACCAGUAAUACCAGGAGCACCCGGAAUAACUAAUAUUUGGUCCCAAAUCAGCUUCAAAUUUUCACGACAAAAAUAUGGAUUCUACAAACCAGAAACUCAACCAGAUACUUCAGAUGACGAUAUUCCUAUUAAAAGGCCAAAUGAAAAACCAACGGUACAUCAACCACUACCAACACCAACUCCACCUAAAGUCACGCCAAUAACGCCUAAGAUUCCACAACGACAGCCUGACGUAUGGGUGACACCUACUCGGGACACCGAAAUACCAAUCAAACGACCUACCGUUCCUAACCCUACUGAGAGUGAUCCGGAUGUUGAUCAGAAACUUAUCGACUCAAUCUUUACCACAGCACCAUUUACCAGCCCAUCUCCACCGGCAACAUUUACAUCACCAUCGUUCAAUAGCGAUUUCGUAUGCGGGGUGGCUAGUAACGAACAAAAGAAAAACGAGUUAGUACCCUUUAUAUUAGGUGCCACUAACACUGAGAUUGGACAAUACCCUUGGCUCGUCGCUUUCUUCUGGAAGAGGGGAUCCAAGUACGACUACAAAUGCUCCGCAACAUUGGUUUCAGAUAGACAUGUCCUCACCGCUGCACGCUGCGUUCAGUACUAUAAAUUUCAAGUAGUAAAAACCGAAGAAAUUUUCUUAGUAAUGGGUACCAAUAACUUAGACAACUGGAACAGUAAUGGAGCCGUCACCAGAAAAGCUAGGCGAGUUGAUGUGCAUCCGUCUUUUAUGGAAAAUUCCAAAUCUGCUCAUGGGGAUAUCGCUGUUAUUUCAUUGGAUCGUCCAGUACAAUUUUCCAAUGUCCUUAGUCCAGUUUGUCUAUGGAAGGGCAACACAGAUCUCUAUCCGCUGACCAAUAAAAUGGGAGUAAUAGCAGGUUUCGGUCAAGACGAGAACUCUCCCCAAGAAGGUUUGACGCAUGUUUUAAGAGCAAAACGAGCAGACAUGCCCAUUGUCGCUCAAAGCGAAUGCUUGACAAGUCCUCUAGGAUUCAAGGAGGUUACGUCUGAUAGAACGUUCUGCACAAAAAGUGGUGAACAACUCACAGGUCCCUGUACAGGAGACACUGGUGCAGGAUUCUUCAUAUCCAUGGACGGAGCAUACUAUUUAAGAGGUAUAGCAUCGGCCAUUCCAGUUAAAGACGGAGUAUGUGAUUUGUCAAACAGAUACUCAGUGUUUUGUGACGUAGCCAAAUUCUCGGACUGGAUAAAAUCCCACAUGACGUAAAUAAGUGUAGUUUGGAUAAACUGUGAUCUAUAUAAUACUUUGAACAUUUAUUAUUUACUUUUACAUUUAUUGUUUGAGUUUUUGCCUGGUUUUUUUGUAAGAAAUGAGGUUCUAAGUAAGAAAUGAAAUAAUAGAACAUGUCAUGAAUUUAGGAGUUCUUAUGAAAUACUUCUAUGUAAAUAUUGCAUUAUUUUGCAUCAUAUGUGAGGAGGAACUGAAUUUUUUUUUAAAUUAUGUUAGUAAAUAUUAACCGGCUUAAAUGCAACUAGGACUACAAUAGAAUAUCUAUAAAAUAAUUUUAGUGGAACAUAAGUUUUGAGAAAUAAUAUAAAAACCAUUAAUAAAAUUAUUUGAAUUCGUUACACUGUUUUAUUUUUACUUAAAUACAAAUUAUAUUAUAAUAUCAAAAGGUGGACUGUUUCUUCUAUGCGGAGUGUCUGAACUUCGCUGGCAG